ACCACGCCGCGCUGCGUGAGAUGACGUGUCAACGAAGUGCCGGAAGUCCCCGGCCUCGUCCAAAAUGGCCUACCAGACGCUGCAGCAGGAGUACCUGCAGAUCCCCGUCGUGACCCGGGCAUACACCACCGCGUGUGUCCUCACCACCGCCGCAGUGCAACUAGAGAUCAUCACACCAUUUCAGCUUUACUUCAAUCCGGAUUUGAUUCUAAGGAAUUACCAAGUAUGGCGACUAAUAACCAACUUCCUGUUUUUUGGUCCGGUUGGCUUCAAUUUCCUGUUCAAUAUGAUUUUUCUUUACAGAUACUGUCGUAUGCUAGAGGAGGGCUCGUUCAGGGGGAGAACAGCUGACUUUGUCUUCAUGUUCCUGUUCGGUGGUCUUCUGAUGACUAUAUUUGGCACUUUUGUGAGCCUGGUGUUCCUGGGCCAAGCGUUCACCAUAAUGCUGGUUUACGUGUGGAGUCGACGGAACCCAAAUGUUCGCAUGAACUUCUUUGGCCUGUUGAAUUUCCAGGCGCCCUUUCUUCCCUGGGUGCUAAUGGGGUUCUCACUUCUGCUAGGCAACUCCAUCAUUGUGGACCUUUUAGGUAUUGCUGUGGGUCACGUGUACUUCUUCCUGGAGGAUGUUUUCCCCAACCAGCCAGGUGGUGGCAGGUGGCUGAAGACCCCGUCUAUCAUAAAAAUGCUGUUUGACACCCCUGAGGAAGAUGCCAACUACAACCCCCUUCCCGAGGAGCGCCCCGGGGGGUUUGCCUGGGGAGAAGGACAGCGUCUCGGAGGUUAGAUGUGGUCCCAGAUCCUCCCUGAUCGUCAGGCCACCUCCAAGGACAUUCCCCCCAGAGCGAUAAAGGGAAUGAACACAGCCUUUGCUUUUCGACAUGUUUGUGUAGUUCUGGAUGAAGAAUGCCAAAACCACCACAGAGAUGACGUCUGUUGUCUUUACAUACGGGCUUAAAUCAUCAGAAACUCUUUUUGGUGCCAGAUCGUUGCUCUAAGCCUUUUUCAAGAGAACGCAAGCUUUAUGUGGAACUUAGGACAGAGAGCCUCUGGGCUCGGCUGAUGUUUGUCUUCAUCUCAGAAAAAAAAAUCCUGAUAUACAUAAACACCUGUCAUGUGGAAGAGGGGAAAAAACAGUAAAAUAUUAUCAAACUGAAUUUGUUCAGAUGGCAAUUGGAUUUUUUUUUUUCAUUUCACUUUUUUUAAAGAAUAAAUGUAACAAAUGAUGCUUUGAUUUCAUCUCUUCUGACUGUCGUAGCUUUGCAUGAAACCAAAGACUUCUCAGAAAAUUAGAUGGAUUCAUUCAUACAAAUGACAUUAUGAUCUGCAGCUUAACUCUCAUUUUAUACAGAUACAGAUUUUUACUAUUUUAUUGGUCCAGCGUUUCCUCCACGUCCGGUUACGUUAUGUUGUCAGAACUGGACCCCUUUUUCUAUUUCACUGAUACAAACAGGCUUCGGUCAGAUACUGUAUGGAGUCAUGUAAUACACAAACCACUUUUAAACAGUCCUGCAUUUUGAUGUGUGACAAUACUUUCGGCUUAUGUGAUAGAUUUUGCACAUAUUUAACUCAUCUAAAUCAACACAGUUUUAUUAUAACAUGAUUUUUCUUACUGACUCAGCAGCAUUUGUAGAGGGGAUUUAAAAAAUGUGUUAGUUUUUUUUGUCUUGAGAGAGAAUUAGAAAAUGUAUGGGUUAUUGUGCCACAUAUUUCCUAUAACGAAUAAGAGUGAAAAGUGUUUUUUGGAAAUAAAACAAAUUCUCUGUGAA